AUGGAUUACCAAGCACCUGCUGCUGGCGCCGGUGGCCGUGGCUGCUACAACUGCGGAGACUCUUCUCACCGCGCUGCCGAGUGCCCCACCAAGGGUACCCCAACUUGCUACAACUGCGGCGAGAAGGGCCACGUUAGCCGUGAAUGCACUUCUCCCCAGGCAGAGAAGACCUGCUACCGCUGCGGUGGUACUGGCCACAUCUCCCGCGAGUGCACCAAGGACGGCGGUGCCCCCAUGGGCGGCCGUGGCGGUGGUAGCCAAGAGUGCUACAAGUGCGGCCAGGUCGGACACAUUGCCCGCAACUGCUCGCAGGGCGGUGGAUACAGCGCCGGCAGUCGUGGAGGAUACGGUGGCGGUGCUGCCGGUGGCUACGGCGGUGCUCGCCAGACCACUUGCUACUCCUGCGGUGGUUUCGGUCACAUGAGCCGUGACUGCACCCAGGGCCAAAAGUGCUACAACUGCGGUGAGGUCGGCCAUUUGUCCCGUGACUGCCCCCAGGAGACUUCUUCGGAGCGCGUCUGCUACCGCUGCAAGCAGCCUGGCCACGUCCAGAGCGCCUGCACCAACUAG